CAGCGGGGUCCUGCUGGAAGACUCAGCAGGAGGAGGAGGACUUACUGCGGCUCCUUGACCUCCGCUUUGAGGAGUAAAACUCCAGAGUUGACUUCAGACGGACUUUGUUUCUUAUCGCUCGCAGGUUUUUCUUCGUCACGUCCAGCGAACAGAAGGAGGAAGAAGAGGCUAUGAACAUGUACACGGUUACCCUCAGCGGCCCAGCGCCGUGGGGCUUCAGGCUGCAGGGAGGCAAAGACUUCAGCAUGCCCCUUACUGUGUCAAGGCUUACACCGGGUGGAAAAGCAGCCCAGGCCGGAGUCGGGGUGGGCGACUGGGUGGUCUCCAUCUGCGACGCCAACGCAGAGGAUAUGACCCAUGUGGAAGCACAAAACAAGAUUAGAGCAGCAACAGACUCCCUCACCCUAACCCUCAGCAGAGCUUUUAAAGGAGAUGAAGAGAGAAAGGACUCUCUUUCCUCGGCUUCUGUGCAGCCAAAGUACUCCUUUGCCCCGAGCACAACCAUUAACAAGAUGGCGAGGCCAUUUACAGCAGGUGGUGCUAGCGCCAACUCAGGACCCGUUAUUAAACCUGUGGCCUACACACCUAAGCUUAACACUACGCCCUCGCCGGGAUCCGCCGGCAUGCAUCAACCUCAGAAUGGGCUCGAGCCAACUCCUUCCUCUGCCAAGACCCAAGCUGCAGAUAAACCAGAUGGCUCUAAGACUGGAGCUGCUGCAGCGGCCACUUCGGGUCCCUCCUGCAGACCGCCUUGGGUCACCGACCCAAACUUCGCCGAUCGCUACCGCCCAGACAAAACCAGCACUGUGGUGACCCAGCACCAGCAGCCGGUUCAGCCCACGCCCGAGCAGAACCGCAGCUCCAUCCUGCAGGCAGCGAAGGCCCCCGAAGACAGCGGGAGGACCCCACUGUGUGGCGCCUGCAACAAAAUCAUCAGGGGUCGGUACCUGGUGGCACUGGGGCGUUCCUGGCAUCCGGAGGAGUUCACCUGCUCCCAGUGUAAGGCGGUUCUGGAGGAGGGGGGCUUCUUUGAAGAAAGAGGCUCGGUCUAUUGCACAAAGUGCCACGAUAACAGAUACGCACCCAACUGUGCCAAGUGCAAGAAGAAGAUCACAGGGGAAAUCAUGCACGCCUUGAAGAUGACCUACCAUGUUCAGUGUUUCAAGUGUGCAGCCUGUAAGCAGCCCAUCAGGAACCAGGCCUUCUACAUGGAGGAGGGCGAGCCUUACUGUGAGAGAGACUAUGAAAAGAUGUUUGGCACUAAAUGCCACGGCUGUGACUUCAAGAUUGAUGCCGGCGACCGCUUUCUGGAGGCCUUGGGCUACAGCUGGCACGACACGUGCUUCGUCUGUGCUCUCUGCCAAAUCAACCUGGAGGGGAAGACGUUCUACUCGAAAAAGGAUAAGCCCCUGUGCAAAGGCCACGCUUUCGCUCCAGUGUAGAAGAGAGAAGGCUGCAUCUUCAGAGGAAGCAACGCAUCUCCCUCCACCUCCUCCUCAUCCUGCUCCGCCCUCUGACAAACUCUACAUCCCGUCUUUGCCAGCCACACACAUGCAGUUCAACGCUGGCUUCUUCUUUUUCUAUCCUGUGGAAUUAGUUUUUAUACCCUCAGCUUAAUGCUAGCUUUACAUGCUCACUUCACUCUUUCACUGCCUGCAAAGAUGCUUCAAAACUGGAAGAAAGCAAGGAGUUAUGUCAUUUUUUUGUUUUUUUUUUUUUACUAAAAGAUAAAAUUUCUUGUAUUUAAACCAACGUAUCUGCAGUUGAUCUACGCCGUCAACCUGAAUGAGGUGACCGUAGAGAAGUGCUGGCCUCAUGAAGGACCCAGACCUUCUCAUCAGCUCUUACUGCAGUGCCCUUUAAUCUAAUAGAAACCAGUGAAGCAGUAAAGGGAAGAAGUUUCAUUUCUGCUUGGUUGGACCCCACAGAAAAACCAGCUCUGCAGAUUCCACUCAAAACCCACUACAGCAGGCUAGAUCAGAACGUUUGACUGGUGGUAAAACCCUUAAUUGGUCACAUUUUAAAGGUCGUAGGUAUGUUUAAUGGAGAGAUCACCUUUUGCAUAUCUCUAAACCAAAAUCGUAUUAUGUUGUGAUUUUCUGUUAUCAUGACACCUCAUUGCUGUACUUUCAUGCCGUGUAUUUAUGCUGCUUUAGAACUGGGCUGUCUGAGUGUUUUUUUUUUAAGCUUCAAUUUUCAAAUAAAAAUAUUUAGCUAAGUGAAA